UAGGCAAAAAUGGUGAGGCUGGGGGUGGAGACUGCGUAAGUUAAAGUUUGCUUUAAAGACGUGGGUGUGCAAAUAACUGAGUUUAAAAACAAUUUCAGUUGAUUCUGCUGACAGGAAWCAUGGGGAGAGCUGCUGUGCUGCAGCUCACCUUAGUUGGGCUGCUGCUGGCGUUGACUGCUUCACAACCAAACAAGGACAACUGGGACAUUUACAGCUUUCACAUCAACUCCACUGUGACCGGCCGUUAUGCCACCACCGUCAUCACAAGCCGUGUGGCCAAUCGUAGGAACGAGUCCAAAGAAAUCGAAUUUCAUGUUCAGAUUCCCAAAAAUGCCUUCAUCAGUAAAUUCAGAAUGUUUAUAGAUGGUCAGGUUUAUGAUGGAGUUGUGAAAACGAAGGAGCAGGCUCAGCAGCAGUACACUGAGGCUGUGGCUCGUGGUGAAAGUGCAGGAAUAGUGAGCUCUGUAGGGAGGACCAUGGAGGGUUGACGUGUACAUCUAUGAAAAAGCUGGGAUCAGUUUUAUUGAUGUGAAAGGAGGACUGAGCACUAAAGCCCUGGCUAAUGCCAUCACCAAAACACAUGAGGGAAACAAGGCCUGGGUGUAUUUCUAUCCAACUGUUGAUCAGCAGAAAACUUGUGACAGCUGUGGAGAACAAGGUAUGAAUGGAGAUCUGGUUAUUGUUUAUGACGUCAACAGAGACUCUGGACUGGGAGACAUCAAGACUUCAGAUGGAUACUUUGUUCAUCACUUUGCUCCAUCUAGUCUUCCCCGAAUACCAAAAAACAUUGUUUUUAUUAUUGAUCAAAGUGGCUCGAUGCACGGCAGAAAAAUGGAACAGACUAGAAUUGCCUUGAUCCAUAUUUUGAAUGACCUGGCUGAGGAGGACUUUUUUGGUAUUAUUUCAUUUGAUAGCCAAAUUUUUCACUGGAAACGGGAACUUGUUCAAGCCACCAGCGCAAAUUUGGAGGGAGCCAAGGAAUUUGCACAGAAUAUUAUGGACAGAGGAGCUACAGACAUUAAUGCAGCAGUGUUGGAAGGAGCSCGUAUGCUGAACGCACAUCCCAGAGAAGGUUCAGCAUCUAUCCUGAUCCUUCUCACAGAUGGAGARCCAACUACAGGAGUGAUAAAUUUUGAAGUUAUUCAGUCGAAUGUCAGACGAGCCAUUGCAGGAAAGUUCCCACUCUACUGUCUUGGUUUUGGGUUUGAUGUCAAGUUUGAGUURCUUGAGAAAAUGGCACUGGAGAACAAUGGUGCGGCAAGACGGAUUUAUGAAGACUCUGAUGCUGAUUUACAGCUGAAGGGUUUCUAUGAAGAAGUGGCCACUCCUCUAUUGACAGAUGUGAUGAUGAUCUACAUUGGUGGAACCAAUUUGACCCAAACUAAUUUCAGUCAGUACUAUAAUGGAUCUGAGAUUGUGGUGGCUGGUGAGAUCAUGAACAAUGACAUUGACACCUUCAGUCCACAAGUUGUGGCCAUUUCAAAAAGUAGAACAAUGACAUUUUCUAACACCGAUACCCCUGUGGAGCCCUCUAAUGAAACUGUGGUUGAGGGUCGCCUUCAGAGGGUCUGGGCCUACCUUACAGUAAAACAGCUUCUGCAGAAAGAGUUGCUGCUGUCUGGGCCUGAGAAAGAAAAAGUGAAGAAAGAAGUUUUGGAGCUGUCGCUGCWGUACAACUUUGUGACCCCACUCACAUCCAUGGUGGUCACCAAACCUGAGGGGGAGAACACAUCCUGUUGGCACUCGUUUUGGUCCUGUUGGCACUCAUUUUGAUCAUGUUGAUUAUUCUUAUUCUGCUGGCGCUGAUUUUGAUGAUAAUACGUUUUCUGCUGAUCGAGCACAGUUGGCAUCCCCAGGUAAGCAUUUUUCACAAAGAUCACUUCAACUUUUAAUACUAUUGCAUGUUGACAAACUGAAAAUGUUUAACAGACAUUUGAGGCAAUGUCCUCUUCUAUUAAUACACAAUUCUUUAAACAAUAUACGCCCCGGGAUAUCAAAUCUUCGUUUGAUCAGAAUAUCGAAACACAUUUAUAAUUCUUUUUUACAGCAUCCCAAGUCAURUCUAAAGAGUUUGCAAUAAUGAAAACUUUCGCUA